GGGGGAAUAGAGGGAAAUCCUCCCUCUGAUAGUGAGCAAGACUGUUUUAUUUUCUUCGCUACUGUUACAAAAUGUUGAAGUUCUUCAGUGCCCAGGACGAUGAGAAUGAAAGCCUCUUGGGUGCAUUGACAGACGAUGAAUCGGAUGCUCCGUCUCUGAUGGAUGCUAAGCACCACUGGCUCCACAGACCCUGUCUGCUGAUGCUCGAAGAUGGGGAUGUCACAAAGCCAGGACAGCUGGGCUGUGGUCACAUCGGAUCAGAGUCCCCUGCAAAAUCCAAAAUCCCAGGGGCGACAAAAGAGGGUCCCAUUUCCCAACUAGAGACCCCCGCUCAGAGGCUGAUGAGACAGCUGGAGGAGGGGAACUGCGCUGUGACAACUCUCUCCACAUGGGGAGAGAGGCAUUUCGGGAAGGCCUCCACCCCUUUGAUGCUCAUACCCUCCAAAGUGCCAGAGGUGGAGAUGAAGGAGGAGAAGAAGAGACCUCAGUUGCCCUCCUUCAAGGAGGACUCUGUGGUUGAGGAGAAGGAGCUGGAAGAGAGUGAACGUAAGCUGCACGACUCACCCAGCGGCUCAGAUGGCAUAGGUCCUGACCUGGACGCCACAUCUGAUCGUCCUGUGGAGGAGCUCUAUGAAGGCAGCCAGACCCAGGGGCCCAGACUGGGGCUUCAGAACCAGACCAAAGCCAACGGGCUGACUAAUGAUGAGACUAAUGCCAACAGAGCACAGGUAGACAGUGAAGAGGGAGCUGUGGGGGACUGCACACCUUCCCCUAUGUCUCCAUCAGUGGAUCCAGACAAUGAGCUACAGGCCGGCCCCACGGGCAUUCUGUCCAGGGAGCGAGGCACUAUCCUGGGGGAGGUGGCCCCCGUGUGGGUCCCUGACGCCCAUACACUGGUCUGUAUGAUGUGUGAAGUCAGGUUCACCUUCACAAAGAGAAGGCACCACUGCCGCGCCUGUGGCAAGGUAUUCUGUUCAGUGUGCUCCGGUCUGAAGUUCCGACUAACACACCUGGAUGGGAAGGAGGGGCGUGUCUGUGUCUCCUGUCACUCAACUCUAGUGAAAGGAACCCCUCCCAGGGGGAGAAGGAGGGUGUUGUUUGCUGAUGAAAUCCUAUCCAAUGAGAAAUCAGACUCUGCUCCUUGUACACCAAUCAGAGGCCCCACCUUCUCACCGCUAUUAUUGAGGAGAAGUAUAGCUGCUACAAUCAGAAGCGCCACUGGGUCACCACAGACCAGCAGGAGGACACCAAUAGCACAGGGGCCGCCCCUGCUCAAUCCUCUGCAGGAGGUGUCUGGGCCCUGUGGCUGGGGUACAGCAACCCUGGUCAGUAGCCACAUCAGUAGCUCUGCCAACCUCAUCCCACUGGAUGGCCUCCCUCCCAUCCUCACCUCUACUGGAGUCAAAGGAGACUACACGGUGGAGGAAAGGCCCUCUGAGAGGGUUCUCAUCCAGGACCUGGAGAGCGGCAGGCCCAACUCCCUGGUCUUUGUCCUCAACGCCAACCUACUGGCCAUGGUCAAGCUAGUCAACUAUGUAAACAGGAAGUGCUGGUGUGUGACGUCGAAGGGCAUGCACGCGGUGGGCCAGGUGGAAGUGGUGGUGCUGCUGCAAUGUCUGCCCGAAGACAAGAGCUUCCCCAAAGACCUCUUCAGCCACUUUAUACAGCUCUACAGGGACGCCCUCACAGGCAAGGUACUGAGCCACCUGGGUCUCUCCCAGUUCUCCAGUACUUUCCUGGGCUGUGAGGAGCAUGCAGGGUUCCUCUGGGUGCGCUCCACCCUCCAGUCCCUGCAGGGUCUCCCUAUGCCCAACCAGCCCUUUCUCUUUGGCCUGCUGAUCCACCGGGCUGAGGUGCCCUGGGCCAAGGCUUUCCCCCUGCGCCUCAUGCUCAGAUUGGGGGCUGAGUACAGAUUUUACCCCUGUCCUCUGUACAGCGUGCGCUUCAGGAAGGCUCUGUUUGGGGAAACCGGCCACACCAUCAUGAGACUACUGGUAGACUUCAGGAAUUACCGGUACACUCUGCCAGUGGUGCCUGGACUCACUGUAGAUCUGGAAGCUCAGAGGACCUGCAUUAAAAUCCCUACCAACGGCUAUGAUGAGCUGAUGAAGGCUUUGAAUAAGUCCAAUGAGCAUGUGCUGGCCAUGGGGGCAUGCUUCAACGUGGCGGCAGACUCCCACCUCAUCUGUGUUCAGGGGGACGAUGGCGAGUACCAGACCCAGGCCAUCAGCAUCCACAAUCAGCCUCGCAAAGUCACUGGUUCCUGCUUCUUUUUGUUCAGUGGAGCCCUUAAAGCAGCAUCAGGAUAUCUGGCCAAAUCCAGCAUCGUUGAAGAUGGGCUGAUGGUGCAGAUCACUGUGGAGACCAUGGUGGAGCUUCGCCGGUCGCUACGGGAGAUGAAAGACUACAACAUCUCCUGUGGGCGGAUCGACCAAUCAGACAGCCAAGAGCAUGUCCAGGUCCAAUGGCAAGAGAAAGAAUGCACUGUAAACAAGGGGGUUAUUAGCCCCAUUGAUGGCAAGUCCAUGGAGUCCAUCAGCAGUAUCAAGAUGUUCCAGAAGUCUGAGUACAAGGCCAAUGGAAAGGUCAUCCGCUGGACAGAGGUGUUCUCCUUACAGAAGGGGGGUCAUCCUAAGAGCCAGGGUGACCACCAUACAGAACACAGCAGGCUCACAGAGAGACUGGCCCGGGCAUUCUGCCUGGCACUGGGCCCACACCUCAAGUUGCUGAAGGAGGAUGGUAUGGCUAAGCUGGGGCUGCGCGUCACGCUGGACUCCCACCAGGUGGGGUUUGUGGCCGGCAGUAACGGCCUGCCCCUCCCAGCCCCGUACCUCAAAGCCCUGGAAACAGUGCUGAUCCCCAUCAUCCACAGCAGGGGGCGCAAGAGGAGCGAAGAACCCUUAGUCAUGGAGCUCAUUUUCUAUAUCCUGGAGAACAUUUCCUAGGGGAAAGGGGGUCAAAGUGCACACACUCAUCCCCACACCAUCCUCUCCCCUGGUUCUCCAUUUGUGCUGGUGUGAGUUCGAUAGCUUCAAAUAGCAUUGGUUGGAGGAGUAAGCUCUUUCAUGGGACAUAGUAACUCGCCUCCAGGAUAUGUCUCAGCCAGCCUAUAAGAAAGGGUGGCUGGAUGGUAAGUGGUCUGACUCAAAGCUCACCCUGCCUUGGCAUAUGCAGCAGUAAAUAUUAUAUGGCUUGAGAAUGGUACAUUUCUGUAUAUUUUCAAUAAAUACCCAUAUUUUGAGAAUGCCUUUAAACUGGGGGCUGUAUUCAGUUCCAAUGGGAAAAUGAGAAUGACUUGAAAUGUUAUUUAUCAGUAGACCUGUAGCUAGCUGUUUGAUGCAAACUGAAUUCAUUCAUGUUUAAUAACAUUUUAAAAUUC